AUGGAAAACGAAGGUCAGAUAACCUUGUUGAACGAUAUCGAUGCUCUUAGCACAAACUACACUAUCAAGGUUAAAAUUGUUAGUUUGUGGAGGAAGAAGAUGAGAGCUAAUGAAAGAGAGACUUAUCGUAUAGAUAUGAUACUGAUGGAUGAAAUGGGUACCAAGAUUCAAGCAUCUUGCUUGCAUAAGCUAUUUUCAAAGUUUGAGAGGCAUCUUAUUGUUGAUGAAUGCCUUAUCAUAAAACGACCUUCUCUUGCUGCUAACACCACUUUUUUCAAGAUUGUACCUAACAAUCAGAAGUUAUCUUUUUACUACCACACGUUUGUGGAAAAGUGCAAAAAAUGGGAGGGUCCGCAAUAUGUUUUCAAUUUUGUUGAUUUUAAUGAUGUUCUAUCACAGAAAAUAAAGGAGGGUACAACAGUAGAUUUCAUUGGUUAUGUUUGUGUUUGUUAUAACAUCGAGGAUACGAACAAAAAGGAUGGUAGUAAAGGGAAACGCGUUAAUCUUAAGCUUCAAGAUAUUGAAGAUGUUCAGAUCGAUUUAACUCUUUGGGAUGAUUACGCUAAGGACAUGUAUUCUUACAUGGUUAGUGAAAAGCGUGAAGCACAUGUUGUCGUUGUUGUCCAUUUUGGUGCUGUUAAGACAUACAAAGGUAAAUGGGGUUUGUCUAAUAACUUUGAUGGUUCACGACUUUUCAUUAACGACAACUUUGAUGAUAUGCUAUUGUUUAGGCAAAAGUUUCUUGCAAAACUUGCUGCUUCAACUGAGUCAAGUAGCCAUGCUGGGUCAUAUAUCAUGUGUUCUGUCGAAGAUGAAUUUUUAAAGAACGAUGUUUUUUCACCAAUUGCUUAUCUUGGAUCAAUUAUAGAGCCAAAGAAAGUUGUUGUUGUUGGAACUAUCGUUGCAAUUGUUUCAGAUAAGAUGUGGUAUUAUGAUGGGUGUAACUAUUGCAAGUCCAAGGUUGAGCAAAAGUUUGAAACAUAUGAUAAGGAUGAUGGAACAAGUGAUGUUAAAGAUGAGAAGUUGUAUCAAUGUUCUAACAAGGAUUGUAAUGGUAAAGAAGUUUUCCCGUUGUCCAGGUUUAAAAUACCGGUUCGUGUUCAAGAUUCAACCGGUACGGUGACACUUACAUUGUUUGAUCAUGAGGCGAUGAAGUUUGUUGGUAAAACUGCAAAGGAACUUAUAGAAAUUCAGGACGAGUUAUUGAAGUCGAAUGAGAAUCCCGGAGAAUAUCCAGUUGAAUUUGAAUCAUUGCUAAACCUAAAGUGUGCUUUCGUGAUUAAAGUAAGUGACUUUAAUAUUGUCAAUGCUGUCGAGAAUUAUGGAAUCUCAGUUGUUACCACUGAUGAAGACAUCUUGGAUAAGCUGAACAAAAAAUUCAAAAUUGACCAACUUGAUGUAUCUGAUUCUUUUGGUAUGACUCAGUCUGAGCUCCAAGCUACUGGUGGUGACAGUUUUAAGAUUUAUUUUUAUUUCUUUAAGGAUGCGGAUUCUUACACUGGCGAUAACACCACACCUGUGUCAAAGGAUUACGUGUGUGACUUGAAGCAACCAUCUUCUGAUAUGAAGCGUAACCUGGAUGAUGUUUAUUUGAAUGAUGAGGGAUUGGGGUCGUCAGCGAUACUCUGUGGUGUUAACAAAAUGCAGAAUACGUUUAAACAACUUACUUCAUAUUCUUCUGAACGUCCACACCCUGGCAUCGCUGACGAAGGUAAGUAUAGACGUUGGUUAAGAAAAAUAUAUCUUGAUUAUAAGAAGUCAAAAUCAACAGCACUUCCGGCUUAUUUUGUUAGAGAUUGUAAUAACCAAAACCAUUGA